AUGGCUGACUCCCUGUCUGGUGAUAUUGUGGGCUUCACACAGCUGUCCAGCAGCAGCACACCUUACCAGGUCGUGGACCUCCUCAACAAACUCUAUACGACGUUUGACGACAUCAUCGACAACUACGACGUCUACAAGGUGGAAACCAUCGGAGACGCCUACAUGGUGGUGUCCGGUGUUCCCAAGGAGAACGGGAUCCUCCACGCCUCCGAGAUCGCCAGCAUGGCUCUGGACCUGGUGGGCGUCUGUCGCACCUUCAGGAUCCCCCACAAGCCGAACACACAGCUGCAGAUACGAGCGGGGAUACACUCCGGUCCAGUGGUGGCGGGGGUUGUAGGGACGAAGAUGCCUCGUUACUGUCUUUUUGGAGACACAGUCAACACAGCAUCCAGGAUGGAGUCCACCAGUCUGGCGCUGAAGAUCCAGUGCAGCUCCAGUGUGUUUUACCUGCUGGAGGAGAUCGGCGGCUACGUGCUGAGGGAAAGGGGACAUGGUGACUUACUGGUUGGAGGGAAGAAGACGUCUCUGGCCUCCAAGGACGUCGGCGCCGACUCCAAGACAACCAAACACAUCCUCAUGGAGGCAGAGAGACGGAAGAAAGAGCAGGAGUUGUACUCCUCCAUACCGGUGUCUGAACAACGAUCUCCUCCUGGAUCCAGCCUGACCCCCAAAGAGUUUAUCAUUUGA